AUGGCUUUGGCUGGUCGUAUCAGAUCGGGAAUCUCCUUCUUCAAGAACAUCUCCGUAUCAGAUUCCGUCUCCUCUGCUAGAUCCCAUCCCCGUGGAUUGCCGCUUAUCCCUGCGUUGAGAGCUUAUGCAACAGAGUCGACUCAAAAAGUGAAGGUGCCUGUGGCUUUAGUUGGUGAAAAUGGCAACUUCGCCUCGUGGCUGUACAUUGCAGCUGUGAAAAUGAAUUCCUUGGAGAAGAUUGAGUCGGAUCUCUCUGAGCUAGUUGAGGCAAUGAAGACAAGCCCUAUUUUCGCGCAGUUUACAAAGGAUCCCUCUGUUCCUAGACAGACAAGACUUGCUGCUAUCAGGGAUGUUUGUGAUGAAGCAAAGUUCGCCGAACCCACCAAGAACUUCCUCUCUUUGUUGGCUGAGAAUGGGAAGCUGAAGAACCUAGACGCGAUUGUGAAGAAAUUCAUGCAGCUAACAACAGCUCACAGGGGAGACGUCCAAGUUUUGGUCACCACAGUCAUGCCGCUUCCCGCUGCUGAGGAGAAGGAGCUGAAGGAGACUCUCCAGGAGAUCAUUGGAGAAGGGAAGAAAGUAACUGUGAUUCAAAAGAUUGAUCCAAGUAUCUACGGUGGACUAAUUGUAGAGUUUCAGCAAAAGGUGUUGGACAUGUCUAUCAGGACAAGGGCACAGCAGAUGGAGAGGCUCCUCCGUGAACCUGUUGACAUCAGCAGCCUCUGA